GGUCUCACCUAUCUCAUCCAUAACUUUAAAAUUUAAAAACUCAAAAUAAUCUUUAUCUAAAAAAGUUGUUACACAAUGAAACCUGCAUUUUACAAGCUCAAGAGACUAGAUACAAAUAUCGAGGAGUGAUAAACAACUGUUACUCAAAUAACAGGCGUCAACAAGCAUGGAGAACGGUUAUGCUUACGUCAGCAACGGGUUUCCGGACGAAGAAUCCGGCACGGCGCCGCUCCUCCGCCUCCGCCGCUCCGCCUCCAACACCACCAGUCAGAUUGCCAUCAUCGGCUCCAAUCCUUGCCCUAUUGAAAGCCUCGAUUACGAGAUCAUAGAGAAUGAUGUCUUCAAGCAAGAUUGGCGCAGCAGAAGUAAAUUCCAGAUUUUCCAGUUCUUAUGUUCGAAAUGGAUUCUUUGUUUUGUUAUUGGAAUUGUUGUCAGUCUCAUUGGCUUCUUCAAUAACCUAGCCAUUGAGAACAUUGCCGGAGAGAAGUUCGUGAUCACCUCCAACAUGAUGCUUGCAAACAGGUACUUGACAGCGUUUCUCAUAUUUGCAGCUGCAAACUUAGGCCUCACAUUGUUUGCUUGUUUGAUAACCACUUUAAUCGCACCAGAGGCUGCGGGAUCAGGCAUACCUGAAGUUAAGGCUUACUUAAAUGGUGUCGAUGCUCCUGCCAUAUUCUCAUUUAGAACAUUGUUAGUUAAGAUUGUUGGCAGUAUUGCUGCUGUGUCAUCAUCCCUUAACGUUGGGAAGGCGGGGCCCAUGGUGCAUACGGGUGCAUGCAUUGCAGCUCUAACAUGUCAGGGUGGAUUAAAGAAAUACGGUCUGACAUGGAGAUGGCUUAGAUUUUUUAAUAAUGAUCGAGAGCGGCGCGAUCUUGUAACAUGUGGAUCAGCUGCUGGAAUCGCUGCGGCUUUUCGUGCGCCAGUUGGUGGUGUACUUUUUGCUUUUGAAGAAAUGGCAUCUUGGUGGAGAAGUGCCCUUUUGUGGAGAGCUUUCUUUACAACUGCCACAGUUGCAAUUUUGCUUCGGGGUUUAACUGAUACAUGCUUGAGUGGAAAAUGUGGACUGUUUGGGACCGGAGGUUUGAUAAUGUUUGAUGUUACUUCAGUAGAUAUAACGUAUCAUCUCGAAGAUGUGCCUCCGGUUCUUCUUCUUGGAGUCAUUGGAGGCAUCGCAGGGAGUUUGUACAAUUUUUUACUCGGCAAAGUUCUCCGAUUUUACAAUCUAAUCAAUGAGAAAGGUACUGCUUAUAAAAUACUCCUCGCUUGCACGGUUUCCAUUCUCACUUCCUGUCUCUUAUUCGGAUUACCAUGGUUCGCAUCUUGCCGACCGUGUCCAGCUGACACAUCCGAACCAUGUCCGACUAUCGGUCGUUCCGGCAACUACAAGAAGUUCCAAUGUCAACCCGGUCAUUACAACGAUCUAGCCAGCCUUUUCUUCAACACAAACGACGACGCAAUCAAAAACCUAUUUAGCAAGGACACAGACACCGAGUUUGACCGAACAUCAGUUCUAAUAUUCUUCAUCACCUGCUUUUUCCUCAGCAUUGUCAGUUACGGUAUCGUGGCACCCGUGGGCCUUUUUAUACCCGUAAUUGUUACAGGUGCGUCUUACGGACGUCUUGUCGGGUUGUUAAUCGGUUCAACCUCUAAUCUUAACCACGGGUUAUUUGCGGUGUUGGGUGCUGCUUCACUUCUUGGUGCGUCAAUGAGAAUGACGGUUUCACUAUGUGUAAUUCUGUUGGAAUUGACGAACAACCUGCUGUUGCUACCACUUGUAAUGCUGGUUCUUCUUGUUUCUAAAACCGUUGCCGAUGCGUUUAACCAUAAUAUUUACGACCUGAUAAUGACGUUGAAAGGGCUUCCUUAUUUAGAAACUCACGCCGAACCGUACAUGAGACAGCUAACCGUUAGUGAUGCUGUAUCGGGCCCACUUCAUGUGUUCAACGGGAUUGAGCUUGUUGGUAACAUUGUACACGCUCUUAGAAAGACGGGUCACAAUGGGUUUCCGGUUAUCGAUGAGCCUCCGAUUUUGUACGGGCUGAUUCUUCGGUCACAUCUUAUCUCGUUACUAAAGAAGAAAGCUUUUCAUCGCACCCCAACUCUAACGGAUGUAAAUGUUAUAAAGCAAUUUUCAUCAAGUGAUUUUGCAAAGCAGGGUUUUGGAAAUGCGGAAAAGAUUGAAGAUAUUGGUUUGACCGAAGAAGAGAUGGAGAUGUAUGUUGACUUGCAUCCGUUCACAAAUGCGUCGCCUUAUACAGUUGUUGAGACCAUGUCACUGGCGAAAGCUCUUACGCUUUUUAGGGGUAUCGGUUUACGUCACUUACUAGUGGUACCAAAAACUUCUGGGAGACUGCCUGUCGUUGGUAUAUUGACAAGACACGAUUUCAUGCCGGAACAUAUACUUGGUUUGCACCCGAUGUUGGCAGGAAGCAAAUGGAAAAGGUUAAGAUUUAGGUUCUCUCUUUGGGACAGAUUUUUUUCCUAAAAUUUAAAUCAAACAGGUGGAUCUUUUUUAUAUAACAACCGUACCCAUUAAAUCCCGCCUUUUUUUAUAUAAUGUAGGCAAAUCUUACCCCUAUCCCUAUUGGUAGGAUCUUUUUUAUGUGAUCAUUCAAAACACAAUGUAAUAGUAUACCAUUAUUUAUACAUAAAGAUACACGUUUUUGUAAA